CGCAACGUCUCCCGACCGCCUUGCGCCCUUCCUCUGACCAGGCCAUCCGAACGACCCUCCAACGAACACCUCGCGCAAGCCAUGUCCGAGAUACGCAGGAAGCUCGUCAUCGUCGGCGACGGUGCUUGCGGAAAGACCUGUCUCCUCAUAGUCUUCUCCAAGGGUACCUUCCCUGAGGUCUACGUGCCGACCGUGUUCGAGAACUACGUCGCCGAUGUCGAGGUCGACGGCAAGCACGUCGAGCUCGCCUUGUGGGAUACCGCCGGCCAGGAAGACUACGACCGCCUCCGCCCGCUCAGCUACCCCGACUCGCACGUCAUCCUCAUCUGCUUCGCCAUCGACUCGCCCGACUCGCUCGACAACGUCCAGGAGAAGUGGAUCUCGGAGGUGAUGCACUUUUGCGCCGGCCUGCCCAUCAUCCUCGUCGCGUGCAAGAAGGAUCUGCGUCGCGACCCGCGCGUCAUCGAGGAGCUACGGAAGACCAGCCAGAGGCCGGUAACACCCGAAGAGGGCAUGGCCGUCGCGCAGAAGAUCGGCGCGCGGCACUACCUCGAGUGCUCGGCGCGCACGGGCGAGGGCGUGCGCGAGGUGUUCCAGUACGCGACCCGGGCCGCGCUCCUUAGCCGGCCGAAGGGUGGCAAGAAGCACCACUGCGUCGUGCUCUAGGCGGUGUCUGGGGGGCCUAGCGGGAUCUUCGACCGGCGGCGGAGAAGGGUAAUAGGUGGGCGCGGGCGGUGGGUGAGGGGAAGGGGGAGGGUUAUCUUUGCGCGGUUGGUUUUUUUUCGGUCUGGACGGAAGGAACGGUUGUGUUGGAUCUCUCUCGCUCGCUCGCUACUUGCUACCCCACCUCAACAUUCCCCCUCGCCACACCCUCGACGAUCACUUGAGCUUCUUUGCACUCCCACCCUUUGACUGCGUGCCCUUCGACCUCCCGACGCCGCCGCCGUCACGACCCGCCCGCACGAGCGCCCCCCUUUUCGCUUCCUUCCCUCCCUCUCUUUCUCCCGUCUGGCUUACGUUUUCCCCCCUUUGUGAUGUAACAUCGUACCUAGUGCUGCUCUCCCAUACCCUC